AUGGUCUCCGACCUCGCCAUGCGGAACCUUGAUGAGGUCGUCGUGGUGCCUUGCCAGCUCAUCACCGACGGUCAUCACGAACAGGAUCCGAAAAGAAAACCGGCACGCUCCCGACCAGGCAUUCGGCGACAUCGAACUCCAACCACGCAUUCCACUUUCAGGAGGGCGGGAAUUCUCCCUUCUUUCUGUCUGGAUAAGCUCUUCAUGCUUCCAGCUCCCAGGUUCCAGGACGAUCGGCAGAAGGGCCGGCUUUCCGCCGAAGGCUUCAUUGGACAGCUUAUCAAGCGGCUCGAACUGGUGUGCAGCCGCCACCAAAUCAUCUUCAUCGACGACGCCCGUGCGCCCCGUGCCGGCGGCCUUACUCGCCAGGAUGACGAUGCGGAGCAGCAGCUCGAGGACGACGAUACCGAGAGGCUGAGACGGCCCAUCGUCGUCGACCGUAGCCCCAUCAUCAGUAUCGCUGACUUUCACGCGGCCACGGGCUCUCAUCCCGCCAUGCCCUUCAACUUGUUCGCCCGGAUGUCCAGAGACGUCAGGCAACGGGAGGAGCCUCAACCGGAUCAUCUAGCAAUCUGGCAUCAGCUCUCACUCAGACACAACUGUCUCAUCAACUGGGUCAAAGACACUCUCGACCUGGACGUCCAAGCCGCCCAGCAGGAGGACCAAAACAAUAAGAACGAUGCCCUGGCCAUCGAACUCAAUGGUGAUCCGACCAACCUCGACCCAGAUCCACUCCAACUUCCAUCUGGCUCAGAAUCCGACGAACAAUCCAGUCUCGGCGACCAGGAUGACUCAUCCUCCGACACCGAACAACUCUUCUCGUUCAGCGAUGGCGAUUCCGAUGACCAAGCCGAUCCUGACCCCAAUGAGUCCUAUGUGACCACACUAAAUGAUGCCGAUCAGAACAGCAGUCAAGAGUCAAGUGAGGAUGAAGAAAAAGAUGAACUAGAGGACAAAAAGCGAAAAGAUCAAGACCAACCGCUCUCCCUCGAUAAUAUAGAGUCUCAUUCAUCAUCAUCAGCAUCCUCAUCCAAAAACACACACAAACACAAACACCGGCGAUCAGCGGUUGAUAGCGACUUCUUCUCGUUAGCCGAAUCCGAAUAG